AUGUCUUGUGUGAUACUCACCAGAGCUUUUUGCCUUCCAAGAUUUAUAAAUAAACAAAUAGUGCCCGUGUCAUCUUUACGUUUAUACAGUGAUCAAAGUAAGUCAAGGAGGACACCGUUGUAUAAUUUACACACCAAAUAUGGAGGUAAAUUGGUUGAUUUUGCUGGAUUCUUCCUUCCAGUUCAAUAUUCGGAUAUGAGUCUGUCUGCUUCACAUUUGUUUACUAGAGAAAGCGCAUCUAUAUUCGAUGUGUCUCAUAUGUUACAAACUAACAUACGUGGCAAAGAUUGCGUAUCAUGGUUCGAAUCAAUAUGUCCAGUUGACUUAAAAGGCUUGCCGGAAGGUUCUGGGUCGCUCACUGUUUUCUUGACGGAUAAAGGCGGUAUAAUAGAUGAUUUGAUAGUAACGAAAGUAAACGAAGAGACUUUGUACGUUGUUUCCAACGCCGGAAGGAUGGAAGUUGAUAAACAACAUAUGAAAGAAACGUCAGAGGUAUUCAGAACACGGGGGAAAGAUGUGCACGUGGAAUUCUUAGACGCCAAUGAAAGAGCGCUCGUUGCCUUCCAAGGACCUAAAGCAGUAUCGGUUCUACAGAAUAUUACGGACAUAUCGUUACACGAUCUUAUGUUUAUGACUUCCAAAGUUGGUGUAGUAGCAGGUGUGGAGUGCAGAGUUACACGUUGUGGUUAUACUGGCGAAGAUGGCGUCGAAAUAUCAAUUCCAGCAGCCAAUGCCGAAGUUGUAGUGGAAGCUUUGCUACAGACUGAUCAAGUUAAGCUUGCUGGCCUAGGUGCUCGAGAUUCUCUACGUUUAGAAGCCGGUCUUUGUCUUUACGGGAAUGAUAUCGACGAAACUGUUACCCCUGUGGAAGCAGCUUUGACUUGGCUAAUAGCCAAGCGCAGAAGGGCCGAGGGUGGCUUUCCAGGGUCUGAUGUUAUUCUACGACAAAUAAAAGAAGGCGUUUCAAGAAGGCGGGUAGGAAUUCGCAUGGAAAGUGGUCCUCCGGCAAGAAAAGGUGCUGCUUUGAAAGACUCGAAAGGCGAAACGGUAGGAGAAAUAACUAGUGGCUGCCCAGCUCCCUCACUUGGUGGUAAUGUUGCCAUGGGGUAUAUAGCAGAAUCUCUUAAGAAAUCUGGUACUGAGUUGCUAGUAAAUAUAAGAGGAAAAGAUGUUCCCUGCAGUGUGGCUAAAAUGCCUUUCGUAUUAUCUAAGUACUACAUUAAAAAAUAA